UUCGUUGUUUGUUUACUCGCAGAAAGCCGAAAAAUUCACACAGUGGCCCCAGAAAGGCGAGAAUAAGGUGAAAAAAGGUGUUUGGUAAUUGGAGAAAAGUGUUGCGCCGUACCGCGAACCGACCGUUGAACAGCAGCAGGUGGUGGACGACAGUGGAGCCGGGCACAAUCCGUAUGGCGAUGAUAUGCUGCAGAUUGCCCCUAAGAUGGCCACGGGAGAUUAUGACAAUCACCACCAGACAUCGACGGUGGAUCUGGAGAACAGCCACUCGCCGGUUAAGCGGCAGCGUGGCAGCGAACUGGAUCACUCGGCCCUGCAGCAGCAAUCGCAGCAGGCACAGCAGCCGCAGGAGAAGCCCGACGCCCAGAUGUACACGUUCGGUGUGAACGCCUGGAAGCAGUGGGUGAUGACGAGGAAUGCGAACAAACGGCGUGGCGGCCCUUUAAAAUACCGGCGGCUCUUUGAAACGGAGCUGCUCCAAAUGACGGCAUACGUGCUGAAUGAAAGGCUUUGCCUUUUCGUGAAGGAGGUUCGAAAGCCUAAUGGCACGGAAUAUGCGCCGGACACCAUCUACUAUCUUGUGCUGGGCAUUCAGCAAUAUCUGUAUGUGAAUGGACGCAUAGACAACAUCUUCUAUGAUCCUUACUACGGGCGGUUUACGGAGUGCCUGGACGAGUUGGCGUGCAAGUUUUCCGUGCCUUACAACGAUUCGCAAUACAUUGUCACUCGCGUGGAGGAGGAGCAUUUGUGGGAGUGCAAACAACUGGGCGCCCAUUCACCGCAUGUCCUGCUCAGCACGCUCAUGUUCUUUAACACAAAGCACUUUAAUCUGACAACCGUGGAGGAGCACAUGCAAUUAUCCUUCUCAUCACAGAAUUCCAAAGUUCCUGGCUCACGAAAAGUGCUCUUACGAUUCUAUCCACCGCAGGCGGGUUUGGAUGCAAGUCCACGCAAGAAGAAGGUCUACGAGCAGCAGGAGAAUGAGGAGAAUCCGCUGCGCUGUCCCGUCCGCCUCUACGAAUUUUAUCUCUCUAAAUGCCCUGAGAGCGUGAAGACCCGCAACGAUGUAUUCUAUCUGAAGCCCGAGCGGUCCUGUGUGCCCGACUCCCCCGUUUGGUAUUCAACGCAAGCCCUGGAGCAGGAUGCACUCCAGUGGAUGCUGCACCGCGUCAAGAUGGUCAAGGAAAUCAACAUUGCGCUACUGACGACUUAAUGUUUAAUUAAUUAAUGUUUAAACCCCCGCGACGUGGAUGGCUGCCGGGGCUAUGGCAACGCCAAGCGCUUCAACCUCAAUGUGCACGCUCUGCGGGAUUGCUGCCCGUAUGCGCCAGAGAAUAUCUAUAUUUAUUCUAUAAGCCGAUCCGAAAUCGAUUAUGUUU